ACCACAGACAAAUGGAGGUCGACUGAUAUCCCCUGGAUGAAAUGGCUAAGCCCCUCGCGGCAUCUGUUUCCUCCACCCUCUCCGGUUUGUCCCUCCCUCCCGCGAAGCUCUGUCGUGGCGUCCCACCACAGCGAGUUGAAACGAUUUCAGCACCGGGACAGAUCCUGCCCUGGCUAAUGGCAACAUGGCGACAGAGUUCCACAACCUGCAGGAGCUCCGCCACAGCGCUUCCUUGGCCACCAAAGUCUUCAUCCAGAGGGACUACAGCGAGGGAACCAUCUGCAAGUUCCAGACCAAGUUCCCCUCUGAGCUGGACAGCCGGAUUGAGCGGACUCUCUUUGAAGACACGGUGAAGACGCUCAACACCUUCUACGCUGAGGCGGAGAAGAUCGGGGGCCAGUCGUACCUGGAGGGCUGCCUGGCCUGUGCCACAGCCUACAUCAUCUUCCUCUGCAUGGAGACGCGCUACGAAAAGGUGCUGAAGAAGAUCUCCAAAUACAUUCAGGAGCAGAACGAAAAGAUCUACGCGCCCCGAGGCCUGCUCAUCACCGACCCCAUCGAGAGGGGCAUGAGGGUGAUUGAGAUCUCCAUCUUUGAGGACCGGGGCUCCAGCGGCUCCAGCUCCAGCAGCAGCUCCACCUCCAGCAGCAGCGGCCGGUGACUGGAGGAGCAGCACCAGGGGUACGGGUACCGGGGGGCCGAUGGGCUCUCCAAAAUCCGCAUGCUGAAACAUGAGAGCACCCGAUUCUGAACAGAGUGGGGGGGGGAGACACCCUCCUUACAGUGCCAACAACCAUCCAUUUAGCCAGGAGCUGGCUCACACACACACAUACACACACACACACACACACACACAC